UAUUAAAACAUGAAUAGUUAAAUUCUUAUGCCUAUAUUUCCCUAUUAUUUAAAUGUAAUAUUGCCAUAUAAUAUGGUCUAUUAUGCUUAUGGUAUGCAUAACUAAUUGAGAAAAAGUGAUAUUUCAAUAAAAUAAGAGGAGAACAAAGAGAGUAUUACAAAAGAAGAAUUUAUAGAAAGUUCCAAAUAAGAAGAAUGCAACUUAAAAAUUGAGAUAACUGAAAUGAGUAGUUACUAUCAGAUAUUCCCUGGCCAGACUAAAAAUUAUUAUAAGAAUAUUGGCUAAAAGAUAAAUAAGUUCAUAGAAAGUGAGUUUUCAGAAUUCAGUUAGAUCAAGCAAGAUAAAAUCAUCUAAAAGUUUUUAAGAAUUGAUAAAUAGAAAUAUAAUAGAGAUUCAAUAUAGAAAUUGAUGAAAUCAAAGAAAGGCAGAAGAAUAUGUAAAUUAUUCUUUGCAUAAUUUAAAUGGGUGAUACCAUUUGUUUCUUAGAAUAAGACUGAUUUGGAUUUGUAUUUUAGAUACAAUAGAAUACUUUGUGUGAAAAAGUAGAGGGAAUAGAAGAAGAGGAAUGAAUUUUAGAUUCCGGAGAAACUUUGAUAAAUUUAUCACUAUUUUUAUAUAUUCAUAAAGCAUAAUUAAAUGAUAAAAAAUUUGUUUAAAUAAAUGAG